AUGCUGCAGAUUGCUGCGAGCCGUGGCAGCGACACCGACACCAAUGCUAGCGACACCAGUGGCGGCGAUAAAGUGGUAUCCGCGGUGAGAGGUCAAAACAACCCCGGGCAGUGCGAAGCGACUCUGCACAUGCAAGCCAGCGGCAGCAACACGGUCAGCGUCAUGAGCAUCAGCGAUAGAUACCAUCGGCAACGCAUCAGCAACACCGGCAGGAAUGGACGGCGCUGCGUCCUGAGGCAUAUACUGGUGCCGCCAAAGCCUCAGACCACCAGUUAA